AUGCGCAUCCGAGAAAUUUACGCUUUUUGGGGGCUGGGUCUCCUGCUAAGCAGCAAACUUCUUGUGACUGCGCUUCCAACCUUCGACUACAUGUGGAGCCAUGUCAGGACCGAGCACAUCUACAGCAGCAGCGAUGAUUGCGACCCAGCAAAGGAGGCUUGCUUUUGGCCGGGAUUCUUCCAUCUAGCCAUUGAAUCCAACGAAGAGAGUGACCCGGCGGUGAGGGUCCCCGCGGCUGUGUAUCCACAUGACACAACUUUGACUGCUACCGCUACCGACGACAACACCGCUACUUCUUGCACACCAAGCGCACAGGCUGCAGUCACAACGGUCCCGGAUUUGAAGUUCCAACGCCGUGAUGAAGAUACAGGCGUCAUUCCGCCUGCUAUUCAGUCUCAAGAGACCACCCUUCCCCCCGCCAACCCUACGCCCUAUCCCUGCGCAGGGGUGAUCCAACCAUGCGCACCAGGCUACAAGGUCCUACUCUUCAAUGGCAUGUGCAUCUGCUAUUAUCUUGGGGGUCGCGGCGAUGAAGCGAGGUGA